AAUGGCUGGUACUGGUUGAUUCUUUCUAUGUGUAGUGCCUCUUUUUGGAGCUCUUGUAAAGCAGGCCUAGUGGUGACAAAAUCUCUGAGUACUUGCUUAUUCUCAAAGGAUUUUAUUUUUUCUUCACUUCUGAAGCUCAGUUUGGCUGGAUAUGAAAUUCUGGGUUGAAAGUUCUUUUCUUUAGGAAAGUUGAAUAUUGGCCCCCACUCUCUUCUGUCUUGUAGUGUUUCUGCCGAGAGAUCUGCUGUGAGUCUCAUAGGCUUCCCUUUGUGGGUGACCCGACCUUUCUCUCUGGCUGCCCUUAGUAUUCUCUCCUUUAUUUCAACCCUGUGGAAUCUGACGAUUAUGUGCCUUGGGGUUGCUCUUCUUGCGGAAUAUCUUUGUGGUGUUCUCUGUAUUUCCUGCAAUUGAGUGUUGGCCUGUCUUGCUAGGUGGGGGAAAUUUUCCUGGAUGAUGUCCAGCUUGGAUUCAUUCUCUUCGUCCCCUUCUGGUACACCUAUCAAACGUAGGUUAGGUCUUUUCCCAUAGUCCCACAUUUCUUGGAGACUUUGUUCAUUCCUUUUGGCGCUUUUUUCUCUGAUCUUGGUUUCUCGUUUUAUUUCAUUGAGUUGGUCUUCGACUUCAGAUAUUCUUUCGUCUGCUUGGUCAAUUCGGCUAUUGAAACUUGUGUUUGCUUCGCGAUGUUCUCGUAUUGUGUUUCUCAUCUCCUUUAAUUCAUUCAUAUUCCUCUCUAAGUUAUCCAUUCUUGUUAUCAUUUCCUCGAAUCUUUUUUCAAAUCUUUUUUCAAGGUUCUUAGUUUCUUUGCAUUGAUUUAAUACAUGAUCUUUUAGCUCACCAAAGUUUCUCAUUAUCCAUCUUCUGAAGUCUAAUUCCGUCAUUUCGUCACAGUCAUUCUCCGUCCAGCUUUGCUCCCUUGCUGGUGAGGAGUUUUGGUCCUUUCUAGGAGGCGAGGUGUUCUGGUUUCGGGUGUUUUCCUCCUUUUUGCACUGGUUUCUUCCCAUCUUUGUGGAUUUGUCCGCUGGUCGUCUGCGUAGUUGCUGACUUUUCGAUUGGGUCUCUGAGUGGACACCCAGAAUGUUGAUGAUGAAGUAUUUCUGUUGCUUGAUCUUCCUUCUACCAGUCUAGUCCCUUUGCUGUACGACUGCUGAGGUCCGCUCCAGACCCUGCUUGUCUGGGGUGCACCUCUAGCAGCUGUGGCACAGCGAGGGAUGCUACCAGUUUCUUUUUCUGCUGUCUUUGUCCCAGGAUGAUGCCUGCCUAAUGUCAGUCUUUUGGAUAUAGAGGGGUCAGGGAGCUGCUUGAUGAGACAGUUUGUACUUUAUAGGGGUUUAAUUGCUGAGCUGUGCACUCUGUUGUUCCUUCAGGGCUGUUAGGCUGCUAUGUUUGAUUCUGCUGCAACAGAGCUCAUUAAGAAACCCCUUUUUUUUCCUCAAAUGCUCUGUGUUGAGGGGUUUGGGCUUUAUUUAUGGAUGUUCAAUGAGGUGUCCUGCCCAGCUAGAAGGCAGACUAGCCACUGUUUGGCUGCCGAGGCUCCGCCCUGCUGUUGUGUGAUUCACCCUGUUCCUGCAGGCUCUGCUGUGGUCUCCGCCACGCCCUGCGGCAGAGUCUCUUCGUUUUAGCGUGUUGCCUCAGCAAUGGCAGGCUGUGUUAGCAGUGGGCUUGUAUCUCAGUAGGGACGGGUUGCCUUGGCACUGGCAGGCUGCGUCAGCAGUGAGUGUGUAUCUCAGUUGGGUGGGUUGCCUUGGCAACGGCUGGCUGCGUCAGCAGUGGGCGUGUAUCUCAGUUGGGGCGGGUUGCCUCGGUAGUGGUGGACGCCCCUCCCACAAAGCGUCUCGGGUUGUCUGCUCGGGAUAGUUUGAAAUCGCAGUUUUGUUCGUCCCACUGGGUAUCCCAAACGAUUUGUCUCUACAAUCCCCUUGGCUGGCCUACUGUCCAAGUCUCGUUCAUUCUCAAGUCCAGCCCUCUCAAGUCUCAGGUUGCCAGUUCAACAAGGCACCCGGACAAGCGCGCCCUGUGGGGAUUGCUGGGUAGGGCCGGCCGCCGCCGCCCUGGCUGCUGGCUUCGCCAGGCAGACCUACUGCCUUGCUUCCCGUGUCUUUUUUAUACUUGGGAGUUUCCCCGUUCUGUGGCCAACAAAGAUCAGUCUGGAAAUGCAGCUCAGACUCACUGUUUGCGGAUUCAAUGUGAGCUCCAAUCCUGGGUUGUUCUCACAGCACCAUCUUGAGUCCUCCAAUUUUAUAUAAUAUUAUAUUGUAAUCUUUCAAAAUGUAUUUGUAGGUGAAAUAAAUUUUAUAUGAUAUUAUAUUAUAAUGCAUAAUGUUACUACGAUAAUUUCAAUUUACAUUCAGACAAUUUCAUUAGGCAGUGUCUGUCCACCGCUAAUUUUUUUUUUUUGGUUCCACUAUUUGCACAGCUGGGGAAACUGCGACUCACCCAACACAGUCUCUACCUCUGUCUUUCUCCUCCUCAGAGAAUCAGUUCAUCAGUCAAUCAAGUCAUUUGGGACUGGAGGCUGAGUACUCCCUAACAGAAUGUCUCAUUCCUGAAUACUCUUUUCAGAAGAGUGGGAGACAAGAAGGUCCGUUUAGGGAACACUUGCUGGGACUAAGCCUUCUAUAGUUUGAGGGCUCUGACCAGCAGAGACAGAUUUCGCAGAAGGAAGUGAUGAGGCAGCUGUUCUGAACCUGGAGCUCCACCACACCUUGUCCUGUCUCGCUGAGACAAUUUUGAGAGGCUGCUCUGGAGUGUAUCUUGAUGGUGGUUGUUGGAAACACUGUGGGCUUUGAUGGGAUUCAGGUGGUGUCUGCUGUGUGAAAAUGAGAGCUGAAUAUUCCGAAGCUAGGCUGUUUUUCUUGUGAUCAGUUGUGUUACCGUUUGGAACCAAGUCUAUUUAUACCAGGGAGCCUGAAUAAAUCCCAUACAACACAGUGGUGCUCCUGGGAAGACUGAGGAAGGGUGAGAAAGGGGGAAAGUUUUUCUACCUAGACUUUUUGCUACCUCAGAAAUCGGGGGCUGAUUAGGUUAGCAUAGGCUCUAACUCAAUCAUUAAAUUGUAUUGCAUGUGAUCUAAUUAUCUUCCUCAUAUUUAAGGUAGGAAGGGCCAUUUUAUUUGGUAUUUAGUCGUUCUCUGCAUUUUCAUUUUAUCACAUUUGUGUGAAUCUAAUACAAUCAACCAAAAUUUGACAUUUGUUGUUUCCAAGCAUUAAAGAAAUGAUAAUAUCCAAGCAUAGAAUUUUAACACUAUGUAUAAUAAAUUCUCUUUCUGUGCAAAAUAUAUAACAUGUGUCAAUAUAAGUAUGUCUAAUUCUGCAUCUUGAAAGAUGAACAGGAUCAUAAAUACUUGCAACAGGAACUGAGACAGAAAUCAGAAAGAACGAUUCCCUGAUCUUCUGAUCCCUGUGCUCCUGGUUCUUUGUUUUCUUGACACUAUGACAGGAUUCUGAAAAUGUCUCCCUUUAACUGUGGCUGGGUCCCCAGUAGAACUACAGUAAGAAACCUUAUUGAGGCUCUAAUAAGUAAUAGAUAGGAGAAAACCGUUCAGCCAAUAAGAGUAAGCCACGCCCAGCAGAGGGAGGCAUAAAAGGCAAGUCCGGCAGACUAACCCACACUCUGCAUUUGGACGUGUAAGAGAGAGCACCUUUCACUUGAGCUUCAACAUGGGAAGGGGAAAUGAAGACUCCGAUCUCCACUACUCCUCUAUCCAAAGCUCCACAGUCCAGCCCCAUUUCCAACAGAUCUCCUUUACAGAACAGGGCUCAGAUGAGAAGAAACCAUUCAAAACAAAAGACAAGACCAGCUCCUCUCAAUCCAGUGAGAAUCACAUACAAAGUCAAGUAGGAUCAGAGCCCAAUCCAAACGAGGAGAACUCUGAGAAAACCAAGCUCAAAGCCGGAAACAGCACUGCUAGAUCAGAACCAGAGUCCAGCUCAUAUCAGGGAAACUGCAGGAAAAGAACAACCAGUUCCAAGGAGAGCUGCCAAGACAGAGCAGGGAACUGUCCAAAAGAGGAGUGUAGCUUAACAAUGAAAAAAAAGUCAAAGUCCUCCACUGCUGUGCACAACAGUGAGAUCCAGGAGACCUGUGAUGCCCACCAUAGGAGACAUUCGAGGGCUCGCACUGGACACAGCAAGCAGCACAGGUCUCGGGCACUAGGAGUUCAACCACCGUCACUUCGAAAAAGCUUGGUGACCUCUGUGAGAGCUACAUCGGAGGCUAUUUAUCAAGACCUAGCUCAGGUGUGGGCACAGCUUGUCCAUUCUCCACUGACCUGGGAGCAGUUCACAUGGCUCACUCAGCUCCGGGGAGCUCUGUGUGCUCAUGUGCAGACCUUCUAUGCCAUGGCCACUCAGGCAGCUUAUGCCUUCCCUGCUGAGGACUGGCUUGUCCCAGACACACUGCCUGGUCCUUGGGAUUCAGCCCUGGAUAGAGAUCCACCCCUCCCCUGGCCAGGAGAUAACUGAAUCGGUCAGUGGAUCAGAUGAGGCUUGAGCUGUGAGCACCUUGACCCUAUUCAGCAGAGGAUGCAGCUCUGGGAAUGAGAACAAGGACCUGUUACUUCUCAGAUUCUUCCAAAUGACCAGCAGCAAUGAUUUUAAAUGCACUGUCUUAAUAAAUAGCAGAACUUGAAGCAGUCACAGGAAAAAACUUAAACAAUAUACUCAGAAUGGUAAGCCCUGCAUUUUGCAGACCGCGAAGGCUACAGACUGAUUUUCUACUUCAUGUUAGAUAUUUGGUGCCUUUUGGAUAUCUGAUGACAGUUGUGCAUUUAUAUGGAAUCAGGAAACUAUUGGAACCUAAUCAUAUGAGUUUGCAUAUUUUAGAUUGUAGGAAAGUACAUAUAAAAUUAUAUGCUUUUUUUGGUGGCAGAGUCUUCCUAUGUUACCCAGGCUGAAGUGCAGUGGCACAAUCUUAGCUCACUGCAACCUUCGUUUCCUAGGUUCAAACAAUUCUCAUACCUCAGCCUCCCAAGUUUCUAGGACUAAAGGCAUGUAUUUUUCUUGUAUUGUUAGUAAAGACAUAGUUUUGGCUAAUUUUUUUCCUCAUAUUGUUAGCAGAGAGAGAUUUUUGUCAUGUUGUCCAGAUUGCUCUUCAACAAAAGUGAUCCACCAGCCUUGGUCUCCCAAAGUGCUGGUAUUACAGACAUGAGCUGCCUUACCAAGAAAUUGCUCCUUUUUAAAUUCAGAAAUGGUUGUAGGUUCUCACUCUUCCAGCCUGAACCCAUGGAGUAUUAAUAUCCAUAAACCAAGAAUAGCAUUACCUGUGGGAAAAUGUCUAUACAUUUUUACAGUUUGAUAUAAUUAUAGUAAAAUCACUAUGUAAUUGGUCUACUUUUAAUAUUUUACAUAAAAUUUAAGUCAAGAUAUAUUAAACAGAAAAUGGUUGUACUUAUUUUUUC